AUGGAAACUUGUAAUGGUUUAUCAAACUUGAGAAACUCUCAACCCACAGGAAUGCCACUUCUAUUGCCCCCUAAAAGUGCAUCUGAGGGUGAAUGUUUCUCCCAUUCAGUUGUUGAACAUGAAGGAUUAUCUGAGCCCAAAGAGGGACUUCGACGCCACCAACGCACAUAUUCUGAUAGCAUGCUAACCGAGGAAGUGCCUGGUUGGUUGAAAGAACUCCUUGAUGAGCCAGAGACACCUCAAUGCAGGAGUCACCGAAGAUCAUCAAGUGACUCCAUAGCAUACUUACAAGUAGAAAAAACUACUGAAAGGGAAAACAAAUUGACUAACACUUGUGUCACAUUUCCAAGUUCAGUCACAUCGCAAGAGGCUGAUACCCCACAAACACACAUUAUAGAAAAACAAAAUGUAGCAGACCCAGAAGGCUCCUUUGUCCAACAUCGUAGCUUAUAUCCUAAUCCAUCACCAACCAAAACAGAUUCAAAACGUGCCAAACGGCAUUCGGCUCAACAAAACCGAGCUAGGAAAGUUCAAUACAUUGCUGAACUAGAAAGAAGUAUCCAAGCUUUGCAGGUAGAAGGAUAUGAAGUUUCAACAGAACUAGAAUUUCUUGAUCAGCAAAAUCUCAUAUUAGGUAUGGAGAACAGGGCCCUCAAACAACGGUUAGACAGUAUAUCCCAAGAGCAGUUCAUCAAAUGUUUGGAGCAAGAAAUGCUGGAGAAAGAAAUCACAAGGCUUCGAAAUCUUUAUCAUCAUCAGCAGCAACAACACCAACAGAAACAAAAGCAUUAUGGUAGGCCUCGGUCUAAGAGUCAAGAACUUGAUUCCUCAUUUGCCAGACUUUCUCUCAAGAACAGGGGAACUGAAGUGCAGAACGCCGGAUAG